AUGCCACAGCUACUGGCUGCACAGCUUAUUCCCAACAACAGCACCGGCAACAACAACAACAGCAACAGUAACGUCAGGAACAACGGCAGUGCAAGUGGGUUUGUGCAUCAGCAGAACAAUAGUGUGAUUUUUCCGCGGGACAGUAAGAAGACACUUGACGGGAUAUCGUGCAUCAUAGCGAGCGUCGAGAAGGAGAUGGAGGCCCACUGUCAGGGAGACGAUGGGGCGAACCACAGUGGACAGAAAAGACACGGCUCCGCGUCGUACAGUUUCGCAAAUGCAAACUUCCCGUCCAAGAGGCGAAUAGCAAACGCUGAGGAAGAUUCAAAGAGAAUCAGCUCGUACUCCGAUAACCUCUUGCUCCAACAGAAUACACCCAGGAGAUCGAGAGACGUUGCAAGGAAGUCUGCGUCCGGAUCGGCGUCUGGGUGCCGAUCCGCCUCUGGGUCUGGAUCAGCUCCACAGGAGUCACCGUUUUGCAUGGAGUUCACAUCACUAGCGAAUGUGGAUCCGCUACCUACAACAGGUGGUGCUGCCACUGGGGUCAAUACACCAGGGGGGCUUGGAGUAGACAACAUCAGCAGCGGGAAGCAGACUGUGUUCAUAGAUAAAAGUAUAGGGGCGACCCACAGGUACGCUACUGAGACACAGCAGGGAGAAAUAGACAACAAUGGGGAAGGUGAAGUGGCAGGGAAUAAUGAUAAUGCAGAUAAUGACGGCCUACCAACAAACGGUAAUGGGGACAACAAUGAGAAGAACUUAAGCAACGACAAUGACAACAGCAACAACAACAGCAACAAUAAUAAUAACUACCCAGCCGACCAGUCGGACGCGCAGAACACAUCCGUCACCAGGAAAUCAAGCCAGGCACUCGUGCAGAAACUGCAAGACAUUUACAAGGUCAUCGUCAAGCAGGAGAUCGAGCUUCAAGAACGUUGCUCGCAAUUGACCACGUCACAGACUACAGAGCUUAAGAACCUAUGGACCAUCUACAAGAUCAACACCGACCUCAUCAACAACUACACUACGUUCAUCACCACAGCACUGCUUCCAUCACAGCCGGCACAGGACAUACUGAUCGGAGAGGAGAUAGUAGAAAUUUACAGGAUAGAGAGAAGACUGUGGGUUUACGGGACCAUCACAUUCCUAGACGUCUUGAAAAACUUCUCGAACUUCAUGGACCCAGAGGUUUGCUCACAGUUCAUCACACACGUUUUCAUCUCGCUGUCGGCAAUUCUAAUAGAUAUCCCACCGAAACACGCAAUUCCCUGGCUGCAAAGACUGGGCGACCUCUCACGGAUGGCCAUCGCCUUGUACCCAUCCGGAUUCAUCGACUGGAAGCUGAGCGCAGAGCACUGGUAUAUGGAGGCCAUGAAGUUUACGUACAGUCACGGCAAACUGUACUACCACAUGUCUACAGUGCAACAGAACACAUUGGAGGCGUUUGUCAACUUGGGGAAAUCAGUGUUUUGCCAGGACACUUUCACUCCAUCGCAACAGUACAUGCAACUUGUCAUUGACAACAUUUAUCAAAGAACUUUUGUUGACAGGAACACGGGCGGGAAUUACAGAAACCCAGACCUCAUCGACUACCUGAAGCACAGUGAGGUGAUGCUAUUGCCAAGCUUCUUGGGAAGUAAAGAUUUGCAACAAGUAGUUCUGAACUACUUCCAGGACCGGUUCGGUAUCGAUUACAGCGAGAACAACAUCUUCGACACACAGGACAUGUUUUUCCAACCACCAAGCUGCCUAAGGUUCUUCUUCAGACACGCCCCAGCAUUUGCAGAGUCGCACAUCUUACAACUAGUAGGGUUCGGUAACCCUAAAAAUCCAUUUGCAUUACUUUUCGAACUUCCCAAAUACUUAAAGGAGAGAAGAGACAAGAAGGAGAAGAAUAAGUCCAAAUCAACGUCAACAGCAGAUGUUUCAUCCACAGCGCCGAAAACAGUAGACGACCAAGCGACAGAUAACGUCAAUGAGGGCACAAAUGACGAUCACGAGCUAACGGCCACGCUAUCAGGACCAGAAUACUUGGAUAAUAUAGAAACGCUGAAGUAUGCUAUCGAGACACCAGACAUUUGCACGUGGAUCAAGUCUCUUGAUUUCAUUAACAUGACUUCUCUUAAAUGCUCCAUGAUCGUUUUGAAGAAAUUCUUACACGGACCACUCUUGAUAGCGUUACCUCAUUUCCUUCCCUGGACGGUUUUUAUAAUAGCGUGUGGGAUCAAGGUGAACGAGCUCGAGAACGAGAAAAACUACAAGUUCUGGCGGAUCUUGAUGAAGAGGAUAUUCCCCUGGGACACCAUCACAAGCUUUUUGAACGUACUGCUCGCAUACGUGCUGGACAACUACGGCAAUACGACCAUCAUCGAGGAACUCUGUAUGCAGUAUUCGGACAUGGAUUUGGAUGAUAUGCUGGCACACUUCAACAAAUCAGAGGAUCUGCCAGAGGUUUGGAAGUGUUGGGGUACUCUUUGGUACGACGCCAUUUGCAAUAAAAAUUCGGUCGAUGCGGACACUUUUGCAGGAUUUGGUAUUGGUGACCACAUGUUUUUAGAUUUCCCGAUCGAUGGUAUUGAGUUUGACGCGGAGGAUGAAACUGGUGCCAAGUUUUGGAAGCGGGCCUUGAGAGUCAUCUUUCUUUUCAAAGGUAUCUCUAAAAAAUUCGACUUUGGUUUGAAAAUCAGUCAUGAAGCAGGCGUGUACUGCCGUAACGAGAAGGCCGCUGACUCGCCACUGAGACGAUUUACAUUCAAAUUGGAAUCCUAUGAUGAACCGACAUCCUCUAAAUUCAACGAGUUUAUCCCGCUUUGCGAGGAGGUCAGUGCCAUCAACAACGACGCGCUGGCAACCCCGUCGUUGAGUGUAGUACAGGGGGAAAACAUUUUCGAGUACAUGGGAUACCGCACAUUAGGGUUGGACAAGAACUCCUUUGACAAGAACGGGGAGAUAGUCAGCUCGUCCAUUUACACGUCUUGGAUGAUAGACACGGGCGAGGCCGCUGCCGCUGCAUCAUCGGCCACGGAUAACAAUGCCGUCUCUGAGGGCCAGGGGGAUCUUGCAGCCAAUGGGACACCGAUCUCUGCGAGUUUAUCUGCAGCUGGUAAGACCACUACGAGCCAUGUAACUGAUGAUCAAGAUCCAGGAUUGAACGAGAACGACCUGUUCAAGAAGUUUAUGAGUUUGGGGGACCCUCGGGACAGAAACGUUUACCACAACAUGAUCACGGGCAAGUCAUACCUUGUGAAGAAUCUGUGGGAAAGUUCUGUAGACGAAUUGGACCGACUGAAAACAUUUUUCAUCUUUGACGCUACGUCUUGGCUACGACAUUUUGCACACAUCUACAAAAUCGCGACAAACGGUGUCUUGAAAUUUGGAGUCUGCUUGACGACGUUCCAAGAGUUACGGUUCUUGAGGAAGUCCAAGGACGAGAAUGUCGUGGAGGCCGCUGCACGCGCGAUCAUCACGAUGCGGCAACUGUACAGGGAGAACCGACUGUUGCCGCUGAGGUUUACUGGGAACGUCGCCAACGACAUCGAGGAGCACCUUGAAUUCGAGGAGCAAAUCACAUGGCGAUCCCAUGUGGACGAGUUUGUCAUCGAGGCAGUGAUGAAGGCGCAGGACAAGUUUACCACUGCUGGCGAAACGAAGCAACCCGAGGAGGAGGGCACUGGCCCCCCCAGGGUCCCCCUGGGGGGGAAACGGUUCCACUACGUCACUCUAGUGACCAACGACCAGAACAUGAAGCGGAAGGCGCAAGACCAAGGGAUCAAGACGUUCAGCACCGACUUUGUGUUCUCCCUGUGCAGUAAAUUGGGCAUGUCUCUGGACCUGUGCACGAAUUAG